GGCUUCCAAUUCCAUCUCAUCAAGGAACUAACUGCGAUUCCUCUUUUCUUCCCCAAUGGCAUUCCCUGGCUUCUCCCUCUUCUUCCUCUUCUCUUCCAUCGGCCUUCUCGUCGCUGGCACUUCCGGGGACUCCGGCUGGCAGAACGCGCAUGCCACCUUCUACGGCGGCGGGGAUGCCUCCGGCACCAUGGGAGGGGCGUGUGGAUACGGCGACCUCUACAGCCAGGGGUACGGCACCAACACCGCCGCCCUCAGCACGGCGCUGUUCGGCGACGGGGCCAGCUGCGGGGCCUGCUACGAGCUGAGGUGCGACGACGACCCGCAGUGGUGCCUCUCGGGGUCGAUCGUCGUCACCGCCACCAACUUCUGCCCGCCCAACAACGCGCUCCCCAACGACAACGGCGGAUGGUGCAACCUCCCUCUCCAGCACUUCGACAUGGCCGAGCCGGCCUUCCUUCAGAUCGCUCAGUACCGUGCCGGGAUCGUGCCGGUGGCCUUCAGAAGGGUGCCGUGCGUGAAGAAGGGCGGGAUCAGGUUCACCAUCAACGGCCACUCCUACUUCAACCUGGUGCUGAUCACCAACGUGGGGGGCGCCGGCGACGUGCAUGCGGUGGCCAUCAAGGGCUCAAGCACGGGAUGGCAGACGAUGUCGCGGAACUGGGGGCAGAACUGGCAGAGCAACGCGUACCUCAAUGGCCAGUCUCUCUCUUUCCAGGUCACCACCAGCGACGGCCGGACCGUCAUCAGUAACGACGUCGCGCCGGCCGGGUGGCAGUUUGGCCAAACCUUCGAGGGAGGCCAAUUCUAGUUAACCUCAUCAACCCUACUCAUCAAGGAGGGAGAGGCUUUAUGCCAAAGCUGAGGUUGCUUGCGUAGCACCCGCUCAUGCCUCUCUUGGAAAAUAUAGGUAUAUAUUUAAGAUUGGAUUGGUUAUGCGUGAUGUUACAUGGAUUAUUUGCCUUGUGGAGGGAUGGCAAGGCUUGAGAUGCAUGGUGGACAAGACAGAGUGAAGCAUAUAUGUGUACUUUUGUGGGGAAUAGGGUGUUGUACUUGUGGGAUGUGGGCAAAUGUAUUUGUUGUGGCCUCAUAUUUAUAACAAGUAUAUUAUUUGGCA